AUGGCUCCCUCAAGGAUCUCGCCGGAGCCGGCAGCAUCACAACCACCGCUGGGCCUCACUCCCAAACAAAUCGCCUCGUUCUGGCGGGAUGGCUAUCUGAUUAUACCCUCGUACCUCUCCGCGGACACAUGCGAGAGCCUCCUCUCGAAGACGCAGGAGCUCCUGUCCGAAUUUCCGCUGGCCGACCACCCCAUGACACGAUUCACGACCGGCAAAGACGAAAACGGCGACUCGACCUCGCAACAGCACGUUGGCGACGACUACUUCCUGACGUCGGGAGACAAAGUGCGGUUCUUCUUCGAGGAAGACGCCUUUGACCAAGAGACAGGCGAGCUGGUCAAGCCUAAAGAACGGGCGAUCAACAAGAUCGGACACAAUCUACACGGCCUCGUGCCGGAGUUUGGCAACGUUUCCCACGCCGGGGAGAUCGGGCGCCGCAACGCCGCAAUAGCGCGAGAUCUGGGAUACAGGGACCCGCGACUGCUCCAGAGCAUGGUGAUAUGCAAGCAACCUGAGAUCGGCGGCGCGGUGAACCCGCACCAGGACAGCACGUUCUUGUACACGAAGCAGCCGUCGGCCGUGGGCUUCUGGAUCGCCCUCGAAGACGCGACGGCCGAGAACGGGUGUCUGGGUUUCGCGCCCGGCAGCCACCGCCGAGCACCGAUACACGAACGAUUCGUGCGGAACGAGGACAACACGGGAACGACAUUCGUGCCUGUCCCUGCAGACGGGCAGUGGCCUAGAGAUUUCGAGCACGAGGAGGCGCCCUUGGACGACGGGCAGGAGGAGUACGUGCUGGGAGAAGUCACCGCCGGUAGUCUGGUGUUGAUUCAUGGCAACAUCCUGCACAAGAGCAAGAAGAACACGAGUCAGAAGGGACGCAUAAUAUACACUUUCCAUCUCAUCGAGGGAGAGGAGCAGUAUGACGGGAGGAACUGGUUACAGAUACCUGGAGGCCCGAGUCGGUUUACCAAGUUGGACGGGACGGCGUAG